AUGAUAAGGUAUUCCCUUUUUUUCUCUGGGCUUUUUUUUGGCUUUAUGACAAAUGUGUAGCGCGAAAGCAGAACGUACCUAGAUUAGAAAAGGAAACAAACACUCUGGGGACACAACGCUAAAUAGCACUGGGGAAAAGGUUGUGUAUUACACAAGCCUGUUCGAAAUUGCGUCACAAACUACUUGCCUCGUUUAAUUAAUAUAUAUCAAUUAAUUUUAAAGAAAGAUUGCAUAAAUUAAAGUAAACAAUAGAGGGCAAUUAAAUGUCAAUUAAAAUUAAACGUGCUUAAUUACGAAAUUUUAAGAGAGCGAGAGAAAAAAUUAUCACAAGAAGAAACAACACACUGGGGUACGAAACUGCGAAAAGGAAGAAUUAACUCAUUUUUAAAAUUUGUUCAAUGCGUUUAGCUUUAAACGUCGUCUAUUUAAAAAAAGAAAUCAAGUGAACAUUUAACAUCAACAAGAAAGCCCUCAUCUGAACAUUCAAGAUGUCGAUGAUUACUGGAAGUAUAAAGUCUUUGCUUCAAGUUAAAUUUAAAGCAAGACAUGAUAAUUACACAGAUCAAUUUAAUCGUAUUUUUAUGGUUAAAAUGGCUAUGGUUGCCUCAAUGCUUCUUGGCUUAAACUGGUUUAAAGACACCAUAACUUGUAUAGUUCCAGGCAAGUCGGAAAUUUCUAAAGAUUAUGUACAUCAGGCGUGCUGGAUACAAGGUUUUUAUGUUUACAAAGACUUGCCAAUUCGACACCACUCACUAGAGUAUUAUGGAAUACCCAGAAACCUCAAACUCGACGGAAUGUACGACGAUGGAAAUCUCUGCGAUACUUUAAGUUCCAGUGACGCUUGUAAACCUAUGGAGAAAACCUUUUAUUUGCAAUACCAAUGGUUCCCUUUCUACAUCGCAGCCAUUGGCUUCCUCUACUACCUGCCAUAUAUUUUUUUCCGAUUUGUAAACACAGAUCUGAUAAGUCUAAAAACCAGCAUCCAGGCAGUUGAUCCAGAUAUCGACGGUUUAGUGAAAAAUUAUUUCAACUACCAGAUCAACCCACCUACGCGAAUGAGAAUUCGUCUUUUCGCAAAUUUGGUGGUGAAGUUAUGUUACUUGAUUGUCAAUGUGCUGGCAUUUGUUUUUACCGAUAAUUUAAUCAAUGGUGAUUUUAAAAAUUACGGCAACGAGUGGGUUAAGUGGAGCAAAAAAACAAACGAAGGCGCGUAUGAUUAUACCACAUCAAGGCAAGCUAUGAAACCUGGAGAAAUGAUGUUGCCCAAUUUCGGGCUUUGCGAAGUUUUAGAGUUGGCAAGAGAUAUUAAAACAAAGUUGAGGAAUAAGCAUCUUUUCGUUUGCGAGAUCUCUCAAAAUGUUUUGUAUCAAUACGUGCUGAUCUUGUUAUGGUUUUUGUUUAUCUUUGGAAUGGUAAUUAGCGCUAUUGGUUUUAUCAUGCAAGUCGUCGACCACGUGAUAACCAUCACGUGUUUCUUGUCACAGGGAAGCCAAGCGAAAAAAGUUUACCAGGCUCUAACCCUGCGUGAAUGCGAAUACUUGGAGUUCAUCCGAAAAAAGAACAUGUCUGUUUAUGGGAAACUAAUCAAAAGGUUGAAAGAGGAGCGAUUGGAUCGCUACGGCGAAGGAUACGACCACGGAAAUGGCUACCCACCGAAGCAUUCUCAUCCUUAUGACCAAAGCAACAGACUCUUAGAGGAGGUGGCAGCUUUAUGAACGAGAUCUUUGGACGAGCACGACAUCAUUGUUAUGUGAUGCCUUUAAGUUUAAUUUUUGUUUCUUUAAAACGUAAGUACAAAUUCUAAAUGAUCGAUGCAAGUUUUUUACAAGAAGGAUUUAGACAAAGACCUUUUUCGCCUGAAAGCGAAGGAGUUUCAAUUUUAGUUCAUUCGCAUACCAAUGUUUUCCAUGCACUGCAUAUUUUUUGUAUGUUUGUUAGUAUAUAUAUUUUAUAAAGAUAAAAGUUUUUUGUAUGUCGUUUUAAAAAUGUUUUUUGUCACCAGUUUUGCCUUUUUUUGGAGAAAUUAAGCAGAUUAAUUUGAUAAACACAUUCUUCGAUGCAAAAAAGUUUAAAAGUGGCAUGGCUGAGGUUUAUAAAACCUCGUGAGCAUGUGCUCAUAUAAAAAUUAGACCACGGCCGCUUUUUAUAUUUUAAGGAUUCCAUGAAUGUCGUGAUAUUUACUCGAGUUUAUAUUUUAUUUUGUAAGGUUAAAUGUACUAAACUUUAUCAAUGUAUUUUGGUAUAUUUAGGUCGCUAUAUAUGUUCCAGUGCUUCACUUUUUUAUGUGUAGAUGUUUUAACUAUUUUGAGAAAGUUUUCAGUGGAGGAAAUAUUUUACCGUUUUGCCGAUUAGAUUCUACCUGAACUUGGGCUUUUAUUUCUUUGUAAAGUUGAAAGCUUUUCUCAAAAUAAACUCCUGUUCAUAGAUUUAGAUAUUUAUAAACUUCGUUCCCAGUUCUUUUAACUGGUAGUUAGUUAUACAUUGUGAGCGAAGUUGUAAUUUUUCAAUAUUUCUUAUAAGUAGAGGAUUUUAAGAAGAGCAUUUACUGAGGAAUCAUUUGAAGUAUUUUUGAA